AUGGCAUACCAGUUCUUUGCAAAAGCCCAUCAGUCCAACAAGGCGUCCACUUCCCCCCCUCGACCCUCUCCUCUCCCUUCGUCCUCAUCCUCCGCUCAGAAUAACCAACACACCACGUCUCCUAUUCAACCUCCAUCACUCGUGGCUCUGCAGAACUCGUCCUCGUCGCAUACCAAUAUCGCCGCCAAACUCAAACCCCCAGUGGGUGGAGACCCGAUCUUCCAAACCGUGGCCUACCCUCAUCCCAUCGAGUCUGGCUAUUCAACUCCGCAUCCCCACGUCACCAUCGAGCCCGUCAGCACCGCUCACAUACCUUCCUUGACGCGAAUCACCGGUCUUCUACUUCCCAUCCGCUACCCAAACUCGUUCUACACUGCGACAAUCACGGACCCCGUGAUCGCGUCACUGUCGCGCGUAUCCAUCUACCAUGAUCACCCGGUAGCAGCAGCGGCGGCAUCGCCGUCGACGCCCGCAGUCAAUCUGGGAACGAGCACGGGAACAGACAAAGUCAUUGGAGGCAUCCGAUGUCGACUGGAACAUGUUCCUCCCAUGAUGGUUCAACAGCUCCCGGCUCAAUGCCUCUCGCACCCCCGAGAUCCGACAAAUCUGUAUAUCCAAACGCUUCAUCUCCUCUCUCCGUACCGAGGCUGCGGUAUUGCUGCCUCUCUGCUUAAUUCUUUACUCUUCUCAACUCCUCCAUCUUCUUUUUCUUCCUCCUCCGGUCCCCGUCUGACCUACCGGGUCUCUCCGCUGGUGAAACAUUACAACAUUCGUACCAUUACGGCCCACGUGCACGAAGCCAACGAUGAGGGUCUGAAAUGGUACAUUGCGCGUGGGUUCAAAGUAGAGGAUGGGGUUGUUGAGAACUAUUAUCGUCGUUUGAAGCCGUCCGGCGCGCGAAUCGUGAAAUUAACCCUUCAGUGGGACAAUGACGAUCCAGAUGUAUGUACCAGUCCCGAGUCCCGAGUUCCGAAUCAACUUGAGCAGCCUGUGGACGAUGGAAACCUCGCCUCCCGAGAAGAGGAAGAUGAUGACGAUGACGAUGACUGGGAAAAGGUCGAAGCGGACGAUGACGAUGACCUCGGCGUUCGGCCGUUCUCAGGCUCUAAACUGCUAGAUGCAGACGAUAGUAUGCGUAGGAAGCGAAAGGCCAAUGACGAACCGCAGCGAUGA